UCAAAACAUAUAUCUAGUGGCAGUACUACUACUUCCACUAUAGCUGCUAGCUAGCUACCAGAUAGGAGAAAGAGUGUUUUUUUAAAUAAACCCCACCAAUUCAUUUAUUUUUUUUUUCUUUAAAAAAAGUGCUUAUAGAGAGCUUGGUUAUAUGAGAUAACAAGAUCAUGGAAUUGGAGGCUGAUCAUCAAAAUGGGAUCCGAAGCAGACCCAAUUUCCCUCUGCAGCUGUUAGAGAAAAAGGACGUUGAUGACGUCACAGAACAACCUUGUUCCACCACUACCAGGGACAGCGUCGUAACUGCAACUACAAUUACUACUGCGUCUGUAACUAAUAACAACCUCCACUUGGCGGAGCAGUCCAAGAAGCCUCCGCCAAAGAGGACUUCCACCAAGGACCGCCACACCAAGGUCGAUGGCCGAGGCCGCCGGAUCCGCAUGCCGGCGGCCUGUGCUGCCAGAGUCUUUCAGCUAACGCGUGAGCUGGGACACAAGUCUGACGGAGAGACCAUAGAAUGGCUCCUUCAGCAGGCCGAGCCAUCGGUCAUCGCUGCCACCGGCACCGGCACCAUUCCCGCCAACUUCACCUCCCUCAACAUCUCCCUCCGCAGCUCGGGCUCCACCAUGUCGGCGCCGUCGCACUACUUUCGCGGAAACUACUUCAACCCUAGCACGUUCUCAACCUCCACAGCUGCGGCUGCGGCGGCGGCGCAGCUAAGGAACCGCGCAGAGUGGGACCGGAGCAUGAGCAUGGUGAUGGAGGAUUCUCGUAGGAGCAUGUUGGAGAACACUUCUUCCAUCUCCGCAAUUUUGAAUUUUAACCCUAUGGGUAACAUCAAUGUAAUUCAGCAAGCGAAACAAGAGCUUCGAGAAGAAUCCGGUGGCGGUCUUGAAUCGGUUGCUUCGGAUUCUGUCGGAAGCUUAGGGAGAAAGAGAAGGCCAGAGCAAGAACUGUCACAAAUGGGAAGCUAUUUGAUACAAUCGAGCACGGGGUCGCUUCCAUCGAGCCACGCUUCCAAUACGGCGGCGUUUUGGAUGGUGGCGGGUCACGGUAACCAAUCCACGAGCGGUGGUGGAGGUGGCGGCAGCGGCAAUGGUAACGAUAAUCCCAUUUGGGCAAUUCCCUCCGUUGGGAACAGUGGGGUGUAUAGAGGAGGUAUGUCUCCUCCAGGUGGCAUUCAUUUCAUGAAUUUUGCUUCUCCGAUGCCCCUUAUGCCCGGUGGUCAGCUGGGUUCUGGUAUGAUUGGUGGCGGUGGUGGUAGCGGUGGUGGUAGCGGCGGUGCUCAACUUCUAAGCGAAAGUAACUUAGGCAUGCUUGCAGCCCUUAAUGCCUACAGACAGAUGCCGGCGAACGGCGUCUCGGAGUCUCCAGGAAGCGGCGGACAACCUCACGGCGGAGAUGAUGGACGUGACUCAACCAGUCAACAUUCCUGAGGGUCCAAUAAUCACGUGUAUGAUCUGAUGCUAGCUUCCUAAUUUUUCUUUUAAUCACUAUUAUUACUAGUGUUACUAUUACUACUAGUAGUGCUACUGAUCAGUGGUUUCCAAAUUAUAUAUUAAAUACGUAACUACAUAUGUUAUGUUCA